AUGGCAUUACUGGGUGUGUUUCUGUUGAUUCUGCUAACACAUGGAAUGUCAUGUGAUAGAGAGGAUAUUACGUGUCCAGAUGGAACACCCAAUCCCGGUCGCGGACCCGGAAGAUGUAAUUGCUACAAGGAAGGUGACCUUCGAGUUAUAAACUGCCGGAACCGUGGAUUCACGGAUAUUCCCCAGAUGGCUUCCUCCGAAGAGUGGGACUUACUGAACAUGGGUAUCAACAAAAUAACUGAUGUCCCUACAGGUAUUUUUGAUGGACUCCCAAAUUUGAAAUCCAUUGAUUUCUUCUACAAUACUGAUCUCACAACCUUGCAAUCGAACGCAUUCCGAGGUUCUAAUGAGAUUCAGAACUUUGUUUUCACGCGUUGUAGUAUCAGUAAUAUCGGCGACAAUGCAUUUAGUAACUUAUACAAUCUAACCACGUUAAACCUGCAAAGCAACAACCUGACUGUAAUAACCGAAAAUGCAUUCAAUGGACUCGCUGCAUUGGAACAUCUUAGACUUGACGGAAAUGAAAUUCAGACAAUUCAUCCAAAUGCAUUCCAGGGCCUCAUAAACCUUACGACGUUGACCAUUGCUGGAAAUCAAUUCACAGAGGUUCCCGAGCGUUCUUUGAAGAUGUUAACAGAACUCCGUGAUCUAGAUCUCUCAAAUAACAGAAUCACAACAAUCCCAGAAGAAGCGUUCACAGGACAUGCUAAACUAGAGCGUUUGAAUUUAUGGAAAAACCAAAUAACACGUUUACCAGAUGGUGUAUUCAAGAAUCAAGAAAUGUUAAGAAUUCUGCUACUUUCGGAAAAUAGACUUACGAAAUUGCCACAAACUUUGUUUCAACAAACAAGAAAGCUAACGCAACUGGAAAUAGUUCAGAAUAAUUUGGAAACCAUCAAAAAUGGGACAUUUGAGCGGAAUUUCGAACUGAAAUUCAUAUUUCUUACUGACAAUAACCUAUCGGAAUUGUCACUGUUUGCCUUCAAAAAUCUGACUUCCCUUCUUCAAUUAGCAUUGGGACAAAAUGAAAUCGAAAAUGUCUCAGGAUUUUCUUUUGAUACGCUACAUCGCCUGAAAAAGCUGACAAUCGCCUCUCGGAAACCAAUCAAAAUCCACGAGAAUGCGUUUUGCGGGCUAGAUAGUUUAAUGGAGUAAGAUAUGUCGGGGUCUGCCAUGUUUGAAAUUAGCGUGUGUCAUCUAAGUCAUUUACCAACCUACCAAAAUGGUUUAAAGCUUUUAGUUAUUGGUAGCCAGAUUAACUGUGGCUGUGAUAUGUGGUCAGUUAAAACAAACAUGUGCCCACAUGGAUCUUGUUGUCGGGAUUGACAAAAAUGAAUGCGUGGAACCUAAAGCUCAUAAAGGUUAUCACUGGAGUUGGUGGACUGACUGGCAUUAUAAACAAAUAGGUUGUGACAGAAAUGACAAAAAUCCAGUUUGUUCCGUACCUUGUGUUGAGUUCCAACCAACGACAGUGGGCCCAACGACUCAACAACUGACCCCUGAAGUCCCUAGAAUGACCGAAUCCCCUACAACAACAAUAUCCCUUACAACUAAGAUCUCUUCAUCAACCAAGGCCCAAACAACCAUUGG